AACGGUAAUUAUACAAUAAUAAUUGCGUGGUAUAUUUAUGGCACAUACAUAUACAUAUAUACACUGUUGUUCCUUUCCACUCCAUGCAACUCGAUUUCGGCGUAUUUUAUACAUGAAGUUCUAGCCGUGAAGAUGUCUGCUCGUGCUUACAACACUGGGCAGCGGGUGUAUAAUAUAGCCGUUGUUGUAGCGACGUUGUGCCUUUUGCAGCUUUUUGGCGAUUGUCUUUGCAUUGAGAAAUUCACGAAUGUGCAGUGUUCGUCGUUCGAUGAAAAAUUCGCCAUAUUCGAAAUGUGUCGUCUGCGUGCAGUGAAGCGUGACGUCAACGAGCUGUCGGUGGCACUGAAGUUCGUACAAUCAAACGAAACGCUGCGGAAUGCGACGAUCCGCUUGCAGCUCAUGAAAAAAGCUAGCGGUUAUAAGCCCUUUCUGUAUGAUGUAACCGUGAACUUGUGUGAGUAUUUGGAAAAGCGUAACCACCCAUUUCUCAACAUUAUUUUCAAUGCAUUCGGAAAUCACUCGACCAGCCUACAAAGAUGUCCAUUGAGGAAUGAGCUGGCCAUUGAACACCUACAAUUUCCUACUGACAUGCUACAGGGAUUGCCAUUGCCCUUGGGCGAAUAUGCGAUUUUUGCCAGCCUCACAGCCGAAAGCAAGAAACGUAUCGAAGUGAAGUUAUAUUUUAUGCUCAACGAUACUUAUAAAUAUAAAUACGAGUAUCUCCAAAGAGAUGCUUCUACAAAAUAAAAAUAUGUGAAUUUGCUUUACAGUUUGGUUAAGCGUUU